AUGGCUUACGUGCUAGUCACUCUCUGUUGCGCUUUUGUUGCUCUGGGCUCAUUCUUAUUCGGCUAUGACUCCGGUAUCAUCUCGUCCAGCAUAGCGCAAAAUGCUUUCUUGAACAAAUUCGGAUCCCCCGCUCUGUCAGAUGCGGCGAGCGGCGGGAUUAUCUCCUCGUACACAGGAGGGGCAAUCGUGGGGUCUUUGUUAGCACCCUACAUAUCUGAUUUCAGCGGCCGGAGGAUGGUCAUCUUCAUUGGAGGACUGCUUGCUACCCUCGGUGCUGCACUUCAGGGAGGUGCUGUCACUAUUGCGAUGCUAAUCGCUGGUCGAUUCAUCGCGGGCUUGGCAAUCGGUCUCAUGUCCGCCACAAUCCCCGUAUAUUGCAGCGAAGUUGCACCGCCUCAGAUCCGUGGUAUGCUGGCAAGCAUGCAGCAAUGGAUGAUCGGCCUGGGAAUCAUGGUAGCUCAAUGGGUGGGGUACGGAUGUUCCCGCUAUCCCGACGACUUCGCCUGGAGAUUUCCUCUAUCCCUACAAACAGCACCAGCCAUCAUUCUCACGUGUGGAGUAUGGUUUCUCCCCGAAUCGCCUCGCUGGCUCAUCGAACACGGCAAAGAAGCCGCCGGGCGGUCGGUACUGACUCGUCUGCACCUAAACUUCAACGCAACCAACAACCAGCUGGUUGAACACGAGCUGGCCCAGAUUCGCGAGAGUCUCGCUUACGAGAACACAUCUGCCGUCCGCUCCUGGCGCCAACUCUUACUCUCCCCACAAUGGCGAUAUAGGAUUCUCCUAGCCUGUGGCUUACAGGCUUUCACGCAAAUAUCUGGCGCAAAUGUUAUCCAGUAUUACGGACCUCGUCUAUACAAGUCUUUGGGUCUUUCAACCUCGAAUUCACUCAUGAUCAUCGGCGUCUGGGGUGCGCUGGCGCAGUUCUGGAACACGGUCUUCAUGUUCUUCAUCGAUAAAGUGGGUCGACGAAAGCUGCUCAUUCCAUCAUUAUUGGGCAUGGGUGCAGCCAUGUGCGCCGAGGCUACGCUUGCACGAUAUGUCGACUUCAACGACAGUAACGCCAACCCGAACGCGCUCCGUGCUGCGAUCGCCAUGUUCUUUGUCUUCUCUCUGUUCUAUACGUCCCUUGGCAUGAUAUCAUGGAUUUAUCCGUCUGAGAUUUUCCCUACGGCCAUUCGAGCUCGGGGGUCCUCUAUAUCUACUGCGACAAACUGGUGUCUGAACCUGAUCUUUGCGCAGUGCUCUCCCAUUGCGCUCACGAAGCUUGGUUCAAACUACUUUUACUGCUUUGUUGCUUUCAAUUGGAUGGCCAUGCUUCUUGUUUGGCUUUUCUAUCCAGAAACCGUGGGUCGGUCUCUGGAGGAGGUGGAAGAUGUUUUCAUAAAGAAGAACUAUGUUGCGGAGCCGGAAGUUCUUCCUACCGCACCCAGUCCGGAGGAUCUACGACGAGACUCACAUAUCAAGCACAAGGGAAUGGAUCCCUUGUCCAUGCAUCCAACAAAUAGUAGCUGGGGUAGUCGCGGCAACACAUCGCCGCAGCUAUGGUGUAAGAAGAUGGAUGAAGUAUAA